GGGGGUCGACUGGUAUUUGCAAUCAAUAUAUAAAGAAGAUUCGCAUUUGCAAAUAAAUGUCAUACGCAUUUAUCACUAAUUUCGAUUUAUCAACAGCAGCAAUAGAGAUGCGAAACUUGCGCAUCGUCCUACAUCAAAUUUAUCGAUCGUAAUAUCUAAAACGAUCCGUUGCCUUGGAAACAGCAUCCAGAAGAGGUCGGGGAUGCGGAAUAUUCCAAUUUAAUACUCCAGAAAUUAGUUUUUGAUGAUGUUUUUGGAAAUAGGGACGGGAAGAUGCAUUUUCUCUUUAGUUGCGGUUAUAUGUUGUUUUGCUGUUUUGUGGCCUAAAGUUUUUUAUCCCAUGAUGCAGGAUAGCUUUGCCACGUUAUCUGGUGAUGACAUUUCAAUGUAUCCUCUUCCGGAAGAUUACCUUCCAACUGUGAUGAGAGAAACAAUGGGAGAAACUCGCCCCGAAGAAUAUGGAUAUAAUAAAAAGAACCCAAGAAUGUUCAUUCAUCCAUUCAGAUGGACAACCUUUACACAGCCGAGAAGUAGUACCACAUUUGGAUUUAUCAUGCCUUUUUACAGCAUUGCCAUUGGAAUAUUUUUUAUAUAUACUAUCAUGAGACUCUUACAUAACAGAAUUCCUAACAACAAUAACAACAUGCUUCCUGAAACACAACUAACCUUAGAUUGUAUAAGAAACAAAACAAUACAUGUACCAUUUCAAACAGUAGAUAUUUUAUCUAAGAAAAUAUCGACAAAAUUUCCUAAAAACAGAACGACGCAAUUUUUAGAAAAUUAUGGAAAAGAUAAAGUUAAGAAAGCCUUGAGAACUUUAAUCAAAGAAAUGACAGAAGGUUCCGACUCGUCUAACCAAAGAUACAAAGUAGACGUUUACAGAACGUCUCCAGAUCGAGACUGUUGUAGACUGAUAUACAGAAGAUGCCACAGCCAAAAUUACAAAAUAAAAUGAAAUAAUUUAACCGACACUUCCAAAUAAUUUCAAAACGAGAGAUACUAAACGUUUAUCUAAAAAUACAUAACAGAUAAUUAGAAAUAAUAUUUAUUAUGCUAAUUAGAAAAAGUUAUACAUUUUAUAAUUCUUAAAAUAAAAAAAACCUUUUUGAAAAAUAGUUAUUGUUCUUAAAAAUUUAACACAAAUGGUUUCAUUACUCAAUAUUAUCCUAAUUCUCUAGUAUAUAUACAAUUACAGGUUAACCAUUGAAUUUCCGGCAUGCUCGGUUUCAAAGAUUUUCCAGAGGUCGCAUAACAGUAAACUCUAGAGUGCUAAUUACAUGCUUCAAAUGUUUUUAGUACUCUCGACUGUUAGAAUUUAAGUAUAUAUUAAAUAUGGACUAGUGUUUACGUUUGAUACCAUGGAUACUUUUUGAAGCCACAGCUAGAAUUAAAUACAAGCAAAACAAGCUAAAAAUAAUCACAUAGAACAAAGUGAUUGCAAUCAAUUGCAAAGUAGACAAUGUGAGUAAAUGCAUCGUGUCAAUGAACUGGUUUGACAGUUGUAGGAAUUUUAAGUGUCCUUUCACGAUUCUGUCCUGAUCGAAAGAGGUAUCGGAUCAUCAGAUGCUGGAAAAUCAAUGAAGAACCUGUAAUUUCAUAAUCAAUAAAUAGAUUACUUACUUAAUUUUCAAAGUUUUCAUCAAUCAUUCCAUUCUUUAUUUCUUUAAAUAUUAAACAUUCCUCCUCUUGGUCCAUAAAUUUGAUUAAAAUUUUCCAUCCAUUCAACUGUGUAUGUUCAUUAUACUUAUCUGUAAAUGUCUGCAUAUGGUAAUUUUUCACUUUGUAAUACUUUAUCCUGUGAUGAAAUGUCUUCCAGCAACAUUUAGUAAUGUACAUUAAUUGCUACAACAUAAAAUUAUGUUCAGUUAAGAAACUCAAUUCUGUGUCAUAAAUGUAAUCAUCCAUUCUUCAGUUGUUUUCCAGAAACAA